GGUUGUGUUAAUGCUGUGUUCAUCCUGUAGGUGUGAUGUUGACUGGUUCAGGCAGUUCUCCUAUAAUAUUUAAUAUGGUCACCAUCUUAUUUGAGGAUACAUCAUCAACAUUUAAGCCUGGAUUGGCAUAUACAGGACAGAUUAAAGUAAUCUGCCCAAAAUCCACACCUAUGAAAAGAAAAGUAGUGUAUCUGACCAUAACUGCUGGUAGUAACGUUUCAGUGAGGAAGCUGCUUACAAAUUACAAAGGCAUUGUAAAAUUUUCCUUCAACACUGAAGAAUGGGGUCUGGAGCAAGUCUCUCUUCAAGCAGAGUAUGAAAUGACCAACAGAUCAGUCGUGUAUACUGAAAAUCAGUUCACACCACAGUACCCGGCAGCCUACCUCUGGCUUCAGCCUUUCUACUCCAAGAGUCGGAGUUUUAUUAAAUUAGAGAGCUGCUUGACUCCUUUAAGCUGUGAUAGAAACAGUGUCAUCAAAGCUCAGUACAUGAUACACCACAGCACGCUCUUACCACGCCAGAAGACCAUAUCCUUCUUCUACAUGGUAAUGACUAAAGGGCAUUUGGUUCAGAAAGGACGUAUCUCAGAAGCCGUCAGACCCGGAACAGAGCACAGGGGCACCUUGGUGGUGUCUCUGCAGAACAUGAUAAAGCUGUCCCCUGUUGCUCAGGUGGUCCUGUACACAGUCCUUCCCAGUGGCGAGUCCGUGGCAGACAGCCAGAACUACCCCAUUCAGUUGUGUUUGGUGAACAAGGUGUCUCUAAAGUUUUCCCCUUCUACGGAGCUUCCUGGUGACCAGGCGUCACUGUUGCUGAAAGCUGCUCCAGGUUCCCUGUGUUCAGUAAAGGCAAUAGAUAAGAGUCUUCUGCUGCUGCAACCAGAGAAGGCGCUCAGCAUCCAAUCUGUGUUCAACUUGCUUCCUGUUCAAACGUUAUCAGGAUAUCCGUACAAGGUGUAUGAUGAGGAUUCCAGCCCAUGCUGGAGGAACCCACCCAUUGGGAUUAUCCCAUUUAUGGCACGAAAGCAGAAGAUCGGUUAUUUUCCAAACUCUGGAAAGGUCGAUGUGUACAACACCUUUAAAGAUGUUGGAGUUAAAAUCCUCACCAAUACAGACGUAAAGAAACCCUCCAAAUGUUUUCUGUAUAUGAAAGCUGAAGACGAUGAAGCACCAGACAUCUUCACCAAAGACACCGCUUCAGCUGACUCUAGUCCAAACCAACCGGUUGUUACGAUCCGCAAAUAUUUCCCAGAGACGUGGAUUUGGGAUCUCGUUCCAGUCAGUCAAUCUGGAGUGACAGCCAUUAAUAAAACAGUCCCAGACUCCAUCACUACAUGGCAGGCCGAUGCAUUUUGUACAUCACCUGUGGGGUUUGGAGUCGCCCCGAAAACUGAGCUUAUUGCCUUCCAGCCUUUCUUUGUGAGCCUCACCAUGCCCAGCUCUGUCAUCCGAGGAGAAGUGUUCACACUCAAAGCCACCGUCUUCAACUACCUCAAAAGCUGUAUGAUGGUGAAGGUGACUUUAGCCAGUUCGAAGCAGUUUCAAGCACAACGGUGUAAAAACUGCAGUUAUACAAAAUGUCUGUGUGCUGAUGAGAGCUGGACCUUCUCCUGGACCAUCACACCACUGGUUUUGGGUGAGAUAAGCUUCAAUGUGACAGCGGAGGCCGUGCAGUCGUCGACUCCGUGUGGGAAGAAUGCAGUUAUUGUCCCAGAGAAAGGACACAUCGAUACUAUCAUUAAAAAUCUGCUAGUGCUGGCUGAAGGAGUCAUACGGUAUAAAAGCUACAAUGAGCUUCUUUGCCCAUCAGACGAUGUUAUAGAGAAGACAGUCUCACUAACCCUGCCCGAGGUAUUCGUGGAAGGUUCGGAGAUAGCCUCGGUCUCUGUGAUCGGAGAUCUGAUGGGUCGAGCUCUACAGAACCUGGCGAGUCUCCUGGCGAUGCCGUACGGCUGUGGAGAGCAGAACAUGCUGCGCUUCGCCCCCAACAUCUUCAUCCUGCAGUACCUGGAGAGCACCAACCAACUCACUCCUGAGAUCCUGAGCACAGCUCAGACCUACCUCAUCAGCGGAUACCAGAGAGAGUUGACCUACAAACACAAUGAUGGAUCUUACAGCGCUUUCGGGAUGAGCGAUGCAUCAGGAAACACAUGGCUGACGGCGUUCGUGAUGAAGUCAUUCGGAAAUGCGAAGAGAUACAUCUUCAUAGAUCAGGUGUUUGUGGACCAGGCGAAGUCCUGGCUCGGUCAACGUCAGCAGGCUAACGGAUGCUUUGCCUCAGUGGGACAACUCUUCCAUCUGGACAUGAAGGGAGGAGUGAAUGAUGAGGUGACCCUCACAGCGUACAUCACAGCUGCGAUGCUGGAACUCAACUAUACCAUAUCAGAUCCUGUGGUGGACAACGGUCUUACCUGCCUGAGGAACGCAUACACUCAGGUGAACUCCACCUAUGCCAAGGCUCUCCUCUUCUACACCUUCACCCUGGCUGAAGAUGAGGAGAUGAGGAACACACUCAUCUCAGACCUGGAUGCAGUGGCCAUAGUCUCAGGUGGUGGACGUCACUGGAGCAGAGUGAGCGAUGGAUCGGUGACGGACUCUUUGGAAGUAGAGAUGACCUCGUAUGUGCUUCUGUCUCUGAUGUCUGGACACCAGCUCUAUGGGUAUGGUCUGAGUUACAGCAUCAGUAUCGUCCACUGGCUUUCUCAGCAGCAGAACUCCUUCGGAGGCUUCGCGUCUACACAGGACACUGUCGUGGCUCUUCAGGCUCUGGCUAAGUACAGCUACGCCACCUACAGUCCAGCAGGAUCUGUAAAUAUUACUAUAACCUCACCAUCAGGGCUGAUUAACACCUUCACCAUCAAUCAGAGUAACAGACUGCUGUAUCAGGAGAGUGAGCUGCAGGAGGUUCCUGGAGAUUACGACCUUAGAGCAGAAGGGAGCGGCUGUGUGUACGUGCAGUUCAAUUUGCGCUACAACAUCCCUCCUCCUCCCGGCGACUCGUCGUUCACCAUCUCGGCUUCAGCGAACGGAAACUGCAGGGUUCCGAUUCCAACUCUUGAAGUGACGAUUACUGUCAUGUAUAAUGGUAAUCGUUUGGAGACCAACAUGGUGGUCAUCGAGGUCAAGCCUCUUUCUGGCUUCAGUGCUGACGUGACGUCUGUGCAGCUCGUGAACGGCAAUUCGAAUUCAAAUGACGGAAUUGUGCAACAUGUGGAUCAACUUGAAGGAAGAGCGAUUAUCUACCUGAAUAAACUUACAGUCGGAGAGGAGAAGGUCUACACCUUGAACAUCAUACAGGACCUUUCAGUGCAGAACCUGAAACCAGCUGUUGUGAAGGUUUAUGACUACUACUACACCGUUGAGAGAGCUGCAACUGUGUACACGUCUCCAUGUCCAUUCCAGUGAGAGUCUGUACUGUACACCAUCUCAACCAAAGCCUAGAAUGAGAUUUUUUCCACUUUACUUAUUUUUAUGGGGCUUCCAGCUACCAAAAUAUCAAAACCUUUUAAUUUCAUAAAUGUUCAGUAAUUAAUUAACGGUGUGAUUUAUUUUCCCCUCUCCUCUUGGCAUUAUGCUCAACUUAAACUAAUAAUCAUGAUAUAUCUGUUAUGUCUCGCUAAUAAAGGUGCCUAAUAAAAUUUCUCUUCAAUAUAUUAUAUAUCAGUAAAAUAAUUGUGUUUUGAUUUAUUUGGAAGAGGAUAAAUUAUGAAUAAUAAUCAUUCAUAACAUGAUUUUAAAAUGAUUUAUUGGUUUUAACCGAUCAAACAGUAUACUGUGAAUUUAGCGAAUGUAAAUCCUUACAUUAGGUGUUUGAGUUGUUCCUGAGAGUUAUGAGUUUUUAACACCGAAGCACGUCUAAACACUAAGACUUGUGUAAUCUAUUUAGCUUCUCUGUAUUUGUUAUGGUCGAAUUUUAACUCCUUUCCUCUCGUUUAACUCUAUUUGAAAACUGCAAAAAAAAAAAAAAAAAAAAAAAAAAAAAAAAAAGGCAAAUAUAAUGAAAUAUUCUAAUAAAUUUUUCAAUAUGCACUGAU